AUGGGGGGGGUGCGGGCGGCCGGGCGGCGGCUGCUGCGGUGGCUGCGGGGCACCGAGGGGCUGCGGGAGAUCUGCCGGCAGUACCCGCUCUCCUGCUGCCUCCUCCUGGGGCUGGGCACCGCCACCCUCCUCCUCAACCGGUAUCUUCAUAUUUUGAUGAUCUUCUGGUCGUUCGUGGCUGGGGUCGUCACCUUCUACUGUUCCUUGGGACCGGACUCCCUCCUGCCCAAUAUUCUGUUCACAAUAAAAUAUAAACCCAAGUUGGAAUUGCCGGAGCUGUUUCCCCAUGGUCACAGUUGUGCUGUAUGUGGCAAGGUCAAAUGCAAGAGGCACAGACCUACUUUGCUUCUGGAAAACUAUCAGCCAUGGCUGGAUCUGAAAGUGCCUUCCAAGGUUGAUGCAUCACUUUCAGAGGUAAUUGGUGCAUCGUUUCUUUAGUACAUUAAAAUUCUGUGGGUUUUCAUUACGUAUCUUCUAAACUUUUUGUUUCUGGUUCAGAUGUACCUC